GGGCGGCCCGGGGGCGGUGCUGGGCCGGAGGCGCGCCCGGCGCGGGAGAGCCGAGCGGGACAUGGCCGAGGCGGAGCCGCUGCCGCCCGCGGCGGUACCCGAGGGAUCGCCCGGCGCCGAGCCCCGGAGGGCCCGCGGCGGGAGCGAGGGGUCGGGGCAGCCGGAGCUGCCCGGCGGCSACACGCGGGAGCUGCUGGAGGAGGUGGAGAUGCAGAUCGGCGACGCCGCCUUCUCGCUGGCGAAGAUCCUGGAGGCGACGUCGGCCGUGUCGGCCCAGGUGGAGGAGCUGGCCACCAAGUGCUCGGAGAACGCCCGGUUCCUCAGGACGUGGCGGGACCUGCUGAGGGAGGGCUACGAGUCCCUGAAGCCCAGCGGCUGACGCUGGCCCUGCCCCGCUCGUGUCGGACGGCGGCGGGGCUCUUUUCCACCGCCUCAGUUAGGGACCUCACGUGGAGUUUUGUUUUCCUUCAGAGCUUUUUCACAAAUACUUGAGGGCUUUUGUAUGGAUGUUUUAUGUACGUCUACCGAAUAAGAAAACUUUGUUUAGGCUUUUAGUGGUUUUUUUUUCAAUUUUGACUUUUAGACUCUUCGUUGAAGCUCAAACUAUUUCAUGAUCCCCUUUUCUAUUUUCUUCUUUUUGUUAAUGUGGUAGAUACAAAGUUAGUAUGURUGCUACGUUCAGAACUCAUUACUGGUAGGAAAGUGGGUCCUAUGAUGAAGAAUUGUCAGCCCUCCUUUUUAAGAGCUGUCACUAGCAGAAACCCUGAYAACCCCAGAGAAACUUGAACUAACUUCAGUUUUUUGUUAUGCACACUUUUUCUUCAUGUUGAGUGUGGGAUAAUGUGGCAAGUUGGGGCUUAUUUAUGAGCUUUAGAAACAUCCUAUAUCCCAAUCCUUACUWUUUUUAGCAKUAUUGCAAUAUAYGUCUAUAAAGCUGCAGAUAUUUUGCAAGAUGUUUUAUUACUGCAAACUGUUUUACACUACCUUUUAUUGUAACGAAGUGCCUUAUGAUGGACCAUAUACCUCUGCAGGGUAGUUUAACAGCAUUGUUUACUGAUAGGUUGGUUUAUCUGAACUCUAAGUAAAAGCUUCCAAUAGUUAGGAAAGAAUCUGUGGCAUAUAUUCUCUUAUCUUUGGGGAAACACUUGAGAGCUUUUUCAGUAUUUGGUCCUAUUUUUUAUCUUUGCCUUAAGCUGUGACUGGUUUGUUAGUCCAGAGCUCACUGUUAACAGAACCCUUUGGUCUGAAAGAUGGCUGAUCUGUAAUAAAUAGCUGUGCUGACACUCCUGUACCUUUACCAGGCACUGUGAAAAAGAAUAAUGCUGAAAUGCAAUGGCAGGCUGCAGGAGARCAUGACUUUGCCAUGGUUUAUUAGAAGGCCUUAUUUUUUUCUUGUAGGACUUUCUUAGAAAGACCAGCUGUAGUUUACUUAUCAAAACAAUAAAGAUGUUGCAAAAAUUCUGAAGUGUUGGCUAU